AAUAAAUAGCACUCAAACCCCAUUCUUCAUCUCACAGCAUCAUUCCAACAACUUAUUUUGAGCACUUGGCCAUGGCAUUCAGCGGCGGCCAGAUGCUCGCUGCCUUCACCCUGGGCUUUCUUCUUAUGGCCUUCUGUGCGGAGGCUCGGGUAUGCAUGUCCCCUAGCAAGUUCUAUAAAAGGAGCCCUUGCAAGAACGUGCGUUGCACCGCGGCAUGUCACAAAGAGCACUUCAAGGGUGGUUACUGCUCCAGUAAGAAGUCAAUUGUAGGCGACGAGCUCAACGAAGACAACGACGACAACCGCUUUCGCAAACCUCCUAAGAAAAAGAGGUGCAUCUGUACAUUUCCAUGCGGCUCUAAGGCCCCACCACCACCGUCAGAACCUGAAGUGCCAGAGCCACCGGGUGAACCCGUGGUGCCGGAGCCGCCAUCCAAAGAUCCUAAGAAGAAGCCGCCACCGCCGCCAUAUGAACGUGGCAUGCCGGUGCCGCCCUCGGGAGAACACAAGAAGAAGAAGCUGCCGCCAGCUGCCGACCAGUGAGCAAAUGGUCUAGUCCGCCUAUCCGAGGAAAAUUAUUUUAAUAAGAGAGGAAUUAAUCAACGCUUGACUUGUACACAUGCAUAAUUGAUUGCAUGACAAUAAUAAUAAUAAUCCUUUUUUGAACUGAGUAA